AUGUCGCUCGUCACGCUGCACGUGUACGACAUCACGAACACGACGUACGAGACCGCGAACAACGUCAUCCAAGGGCUGAACCGCUUCACCAAGGACGCGCUCGGGGCGGGGGGGAUCUUUCACGGCGCGGUGGAGGUGAACGGAGACGAGUGGUCGUACGGCUUCUGCGAGCGCGGCAGCGGGGUGUACUGCUGCCACCCGCGGGGGAACACCGGGUACACGUACCGAGAGAGCGUCCCGCUCGGGGUGACGUCGUUGUCGCCCGCGCGCGUCCGGAGCGUCAUCGCGGUGCUGCAAGCGCAGUGGCCGGGAUGCGAGUACGACCUGUUGGGGAAGAAUUGCAACCACUUCUGCGAGGCGUUCGGCGCGAUGCUCGGCGUCCCGGGGCCUCCGGCGUGGGUGAACCGGUUCGCGACGCAGGCGGAGGCGACGGUGAAGACGGUGAACUACGCGCGCGAGCAGAUUAGCUUGAUAGGCGGGGAGAUCGGCAGCGCGGCGACCGCCGCCGCGGACUGGUUG